AUGUCGAUAUACUCACUAUACAUAUUGAAUAAAGCAGGCACUUUGAUAUUCCAAAAUGACUAUAGUAAUGGUGCAGAGAAACUAUCACAUAAUGCAUACAUCAGUUUAGGAUCAACAUUCCAUGGUCUACAUGCUAUCUCAAGUAACCUGUCACCAACAGGAUCAUCAUCAGGUAUCGAGGUGAUAGAGACAGAGACAUUCAAACUACAAUGUUAUCAAACACAUACAGGAAUGAAGUUCUAUGCUAUUGCAGACCCAAAUAGAUCAAACCUUGAAGAAACAUUACAUAGUAUCUAUGAAUUAUAUACUGAUUAUGUUCUUAAGAAUCCAUUCUACGAGUUGGAGAUGUCUAUAAGAUGUGAUCUAUUCGACUACAAACUGAACAGAUUGAUCAAGGGCACAAAUGAU